AUGCCAAACAGCAGUGAAAGUGACGAAUCUGUCUUUGAGCCACGGUCUGGUUUACGGAAAUCCAAUUUACCUGGCUGUGAUGAAUCAAUUGCCCCAACAUGUUCCUCCCUUCCAUCGAGCACAUCUCAAAAGUUAAAAACUGCAAAACUGUCCUUGUCCCAGCGGAAAAGGCAUGCUGGCACAUCUUUUGGUAGAGAAGAUGAAUCUUUUCAGAUAGAUAACUCGGUCUGUCAAAGUGGGACAGUAAAUCCAAAUUUUGCCAGGCAAAAUAACUUGUUAGAUUCUCCACCUAGAAAAAAAUCUAAAACAUCAAGAUUUUGCCAUGCUAAUUUUAGCUCUUCGUCUGAUGAAGACAUACCACCUAGCCAAAAUGUGCCUAAAAAAAUUCAUAGACGAUCAGACAGGUUAGACGCCUCGCUGGAUUGCCCAUCUUCUGGUAGGCCAAGUCAAGAAGUUGUCCCGUCACCAUCUAUUUUGCUCUCUCCAAUAAAAUGUCGCCAAGGAACCCGCUGCCAAAACGAAAGCCAAGCUCAUUUCGCAGCUUAUGUUCAUUUGGACAGCAGUCCAAGUGUGGAAAGUCUCGCUUCUACUGUGGUGUCUUUGGGAAUCCUGGAAAAUGAUCAAGAGGACAUCGCUGAACUGGACGAUAGAGUUAAAGCUGCAGACAUCCAAUCAAAGCCAGCUGAUGAAUCUAAGCUUAACGUUCCAUCCAUACAACUAAGUAGUUUUUCCGCAAACAGCUCGACAAAAGAGGAUUUCGUCCAACACUGGGUCGACUCUUGUGAAAUAGAAGCCUUUGACAACAUCAGUGUCGACUCGGAAACUCAACCUCUGCCGGAAAUGUUACCUGACCCUCUUGCUUCAGCACCGAACAUAUCAGUUGAAAAUCACGAAAGGGAAGAAAUCCUAUCACAAAAUGAAUUAAUUUGUCAACCUACAACGUACGCAAAUUUAGAAAGCCACCAGCCUACACCAUCUCGUGGAAUGGUCACCCCAUUAAAAAAAAAUCAAUCGUCGGCUGUCAAACCGUCAACAAGUAGCAGCAAGCAAUCGGAAAUCACAGCAUUUUUCACACCGUGCAACACUACGCCUGCAAAAUUAAAAACAAACGUCGAUAUAUCGCAAGUCCAGAGCCACACCGCAAUUAAAGAGCUCAACACAACAUUAACCAAUGAUUGUGAGCUACAACCAGAGCCAGAUGAGACGACUGUAGAUGAACUGGAAGUCACAGUGGUCAAAAAAGACAUUUCAACUUCAGGCAUGCUAUCUCAUGCUAAAGAGCAGUGGUCUUACAUCAUGUCGCGUAUGAAAAUGAGAGGAUCGGCCACUAAUCUCCGACGUGAAAUGAAAAAUGUGGAAAAAGAGAAAGCGCUGCAGGAGCCCAAACAAAAAAAUUUUACGAAACCCACAGUCGAGGCUGGACCUAGUACAACAGAUCGUAAAUGUCCGUUUUACAAACGGAUACCUGGCACUGGUUUCGUUGUAGAUGCUUUUUGCUAUGGCACAGUGGCGGGAGUGUCUUCUUAUUUUCUGAGCCACUUUCACUACGACCAUUAUCGCGGACUUGGAAAAUGGUUAAAGAAACCGCUCUAUUGCAGCCAGGUGACGGCCAACCUAAUCAACUUGAAAAUGAAACUGGAUCCCGGUAUUAUUCGAGUUCUCCCUUUGAACGAGUCCCGCGUGAUCGAAAAUAUUGAAGUCAUCCUCAUUGAUGCCAACCAUUGCCCAGGUUCAGUCAUGUUUUUGUUCCGGUUCCCGACAGGCAAAGUUGUUUUGCACGUCGGAGAUUUCCGUGCUCAUCCUAGUAUGGAGAGAUUAUACGAACUCAAACAGCGACCGAUAGACGAGCUUUAUUUGGACACGACCUACUGUGACGAACACUACGAGUUGCCCGCUCAAGAGGAGGUGCUGUCCUACAUUCGGCGGCUAGUCCGUCGGUACGCGAAUAAGCAUCAAAAGCUUUUAGUCGUCAGCGGAACGUACACCAUUGGGAAAGAAAAAGUGUUCAUGACGGCCGCCGAGGAAUUGAAUAGCAAAGUAUGGGCUCCAACUGAGAAGCGGAGAAUCUUAAACUGUCUCGAGGACUUUGAAAUUUCGGACCGUCUAUCAAACGAUCCACUCGAAGCGGGCGUCCACGUUGUCAAUAUGGGUGAUAUUAAGCCGGCAAAUUUGAAACAGUAUUUGGACAAUCUUAAAGGAUCCUUCACUCACAUCUUGGCCCUUAAUCCGACAGGAUGGGAGUAUGAUGGCCGGAUGGCACUGAAAGGCCUAGAUGCCAUUCCACCGAAAUCGUAUCACAAUUCAAUUUUUAUUCACGGCGUACCUUAUAGCGAACACUCGGGCUUUAGUGAAAUGAAACGCUUUGUCCGUUUUUUUCGUCCACGAAAGAUCAUCCCAACUGUUAACGUAGGAUCAGCUGCCCAGCGACAUAAGAUGGAAACCAUUUUUACCGAAUGGCUUGGCCACUCUGCGCGUUACUAGUGAUUGAGGCUCACUACAUUUUCACGUUUUACAAAUUGUUUCGUUUUUUUUUUCUUGAUCACGUUUCACCGGUGCUUUUUGUGAAGAACAUUAGAUAGCCAUUCGUCUAAACUAUUCUGUACUUGGAUAAGUAUUGGAUAGUUUAUAUAUAUAUAGAUAUGAAAAUUUUGUAUUACUCAGCAAUAAACCGAAUGGAACAAGAAGAUUCCAUAAUCUUUGAUUUCAGGUUAAUAGGAGAAAAAAAUGAAGACAAAAAAAAAGUCAUUGAACUUGUGUAUUGUGUGCCAGUGUAGUAGCUUCAAAGAGAAAUUCACCAAGAAUAACAAGAGAAAUCUAAAGAAACUUGCCCUUUCAGUUAGAGAGUUUGGACGUGGUCUUGUCCGACAGGUUCUUCGUUGUCAUCUUUUUCAUCAAACGUUUGCAUCGACACGUCGGCGGCUGGAGCUUUGAUGAUGUUCAAUAUUUCAAUCCAUGAGUGGAG